AUGGUGCAGGAAAGACAUCCCCAAGGUAAGGGAGUCUGCUGGACCCUGAGACUCUGGUCAGCUGCUGUGAUUUCCAUGUUACUCCUCAGCACCUGUUUCAUCGCGAGCUGUAUGGUGACUUACCAGUUCAUGAUGGAGAAGCCCAAUAGAAGACUGUCUGAACUUCACACAUAUAAUUCCAGUCUCACCUGCUGCAGUGAAGGGGCGAUGGUGUCAGAAAAAAUGUGGGGAUGCUGCCCAAAUCACUGGAAGUCAUUUGGCUCUAGCUGCUACCUCAUUUCUACCAAGGAGAACUUCUGGAGCAUCAGUGAACAGAACUGUAUUCAUAUGGGAGCUCAUCUGGUGGUGAUCAAUACUGAAGCUGAACAGAAUUUCAUCACCCAACAGCUGAACGAGUCACUUUCUUACUUUCUGGGUCUUUCUGAUCCACAAGGUAACAGCAAAUGGCAAUGGACUGAUAAUACUCCUUUCAGUCAAAACGUCAGGUUCUGGCACCCCCAUGAGCCCAAUCUUCCGGAAGAGAGGUGUGCUUCAAUAGUUUACUGGAAUCUUUCAAAAUGGGGCUGGAAUGAUGUUUUCUGUGAUAGUAAACACAAUUCAAUAUGUGAAAUGAAGAAGAUUUACCUAUGA